CACUCAUCAGAUAAUGGGAGGUUCGAUCCCCGGUUCCUCCAGUCUGCAUGUCGAAGUGUCCUUGGGCAAGAUUCAUUCAGAUCAGAUUACUCAUAAAUAACUGCUGUGUAAUGUUUUUCAGUGACUCACACAGUUCAUUCAACAGAUCCAGAGCCUGUGAAUCCAUUUAAUCAUCAGCUGAAUAAGCUGUCCUGUCCCUCAAAGUGUUUAAAUGUUCCCGCAUGGGGGAGGUGGCUGCGAGUCCUCAUGACGACCCUGGAUUGCGCGCGUCGUGCAUCGUGUGUGUGCGUGCGUGUGUGUUCGUGUGCGUGCAGUGAUGCUUAAGUGCCUUGGACGCGAGCAAGCGGAGGAACUUUCAGCUCUCUUUACUAACAGCAUCCAUCCGCAUCCAGCUACUCCCUAAUCUCCAGCUUUGUAUACUUUGCCAACCUCUCAAGUUUCCCUCUAACCAACCAACUCUCAAAGUCUACUUGGACCUCUCCUUGUUCGGAUAACUUGUUUUUUGUUUGUUUUUUUAUCCAUGAGUAUGAACCAGUAGAGCCGCGCCAUCCUCAGUGCGCCGAGAAGCGGACUUUUUCUUUCGCCCUCUGUUCCGCCUCCUGCCGCUUCCUCCUGCUGGAGCUGGAGAGAUGCCCGGGGCAGGAUGUGCUCCAGCCGCAAGAUCCUGUGGAGUCUGCUCCUACUGUCUGUGGUGGAGGUGGGCCUGGGUGUGGCGAGCAUCGUUUUGGGAGCCGUGGGCAUUAGCUGGGUCCGGGGGCAGCACAAGCCGCAGCAAGGCGACGCGUCCCCGGUGUGGAGCGGACUCUGUUUUCUGGUCUGUGGGAUGUGUGGAGUGCUGUGUGCUCGAAAGAGGACAGGUCUUAUUAUGAUCCUGUUUUCAGCAUGCUGUAUCUGUGGUCUAAUUGGUGGGAUCCUGAACUUCCAGUUUGUCCGGGCGCUCAACAAACGACCAGACUCCAUGCACUCGAUCCAUCUGGCUGCCAUGACUCUGGCAUGUCUGGGCAUCUCCUCCUGUACCUUAUCCACGUGGCUGACGUGUCGCCUGGCCAGCUCUGAACAGCAGAGGAUGUUCUUAGAGAGGGAACACUCAUUGCACCACUCGCACGAGAUGAGCGAGAAGGAGAUCCUGGACAACUCCAGUAAUGGCAUUCCUCAGAUCUCCUACAAUGGACACACCACAGCAUCACCAUGACGAUGUAUCUACAAAAGGCAACUUGCGCACACUGAAACAGAGACAGUUCAUGAAUCGCUUGCUGCCAGACAACAAAUACAGCAUGUACUUCUCUCUACAUAUCCUGCGGCAUACACGGAACCUAUAUCCUGACUGCAGGGAGCGGAAACAGAUCUGUGAACUUGGAGCAAAGAUUUGGGUGAUAAUUCAGAUGACAAACAUCUGUGUGACCUUUAAACUAAAGAGCAGGAAGGAUAGAUCCUGUCAGAUGCCUCAAAGACAGCAGCACAAACCAAGCAUGCAGAUGAUUCACUUCUUUUGAAGCAUUACAGCUAUUCGAGCCCUUAUCCUUCUCUCUGUCUUGUUAUGGGUUUAUCGAAUGCAGAUGUUGAGAUAGCCUACAGUGAACUGUAUGCAUCAUCUCAGUGGAAUGCUACAUUUGAAUAUGCAGUGAUGCGCAAUGUACUGUACUGUAUAUCCAUGCUUGUAUAACAGGAAUCUAGCUGUACCAAUAAAUCAAACAUAUUUUUAUAAAUGCUUCGUAUAAAACGGAAUUC